AUGACUGAUAGCUUUUCUGCUCAGAUCAAUGCAUUUAAGAAGAGCUUGAAAACCUCUUCUUCCACACUUCCCUCAGCAAGAAGAGUAGUUGAACCCGUGGUACAGCCGAAGGUGGAGACACAGCCUUCUCCAGUCAAGCCUCAGCCCAUCAAAAGAGAUCUGGAUGAAGACAACUAUGCAGAGAAUUCUAUUGCAAAGAGAUCGAAGCCUACUUUGCAGUUAGCCGGAUCUCUGCUGUCAACGCAAUUAUUGCAUGCCGUGGAGUAUAUCAAGCAACAUGAUAACCCGAUUCCUUUGAGCAGUCUAGAAAGAUACUUGUCGUACGACGUGGCCCAGAAUCUUCUGCCUCUGUUGAAAAAUGUGAAUCGAAUCAAAUAUGAUCCCAAUUUGAAAACUCUAGAGUACGUUUCCUUGCACAAUAUUAGAUCGUCAGCUGAUCUAUUAGGGUUCUUGAGAGCGCAGCCUACUUUCAAAGGUAUCUCCGUAAAGGAUCUCAGAGAUGGAUGGCCAAGCUGUUUAGCUUCGAUAGACGAGCUUGAGGCAGACAACAAGAUCCUGGUACUUCGCACGAAGAAGGAGAAUGCUCCCAGACUUGUGUGGCCAAAUUAUGGAGGAAAACUGAAUGUUAUAGACGAGGAGUUUGUUGCGAUGUGGAACAGAAUUAAGAUACCUGAAGGUGAUGACCUGCAGUUGCAACUUGUUGAGAAUAAGCUCAAACCAACAAGCGUUGAUCCUUCAUCUAUACGCAGAAAGCCUGCUGCGAACCAGGACAAGAAACAAAAGAGACCAAGAAGAGGUAAGAUCACGAAUACCCAUAUGAAGGGAAUCCUCAAGGACUACUCAUCAAGAGUCUGA